CCGCAGUUCUCUUCCCCCGCAUCACCGCCGGCACGAAGGACCGCCCCGAUCGAUGAGAGAUUCCGACGGCGAAGGGGCCGGCAGCGGCCUCCCGCGCUCGCACCCGUCGAACCUCCCGCUGCCGGCGCCGCACUCCGACCCGAACCUCCAGUUCUCCGGCACCGACGAUGACUUCUCGAACCGGCACAGCAGCUCGUCGGCGAACGGUGGCGCGAGCCCCGGGUACUACUCCGACUACCCGUCCAGCUUCAGCGGCGAGUGCUCGCCCUACAACAUGUCUCCCUGGAACCAGACCAUGGCGUCCCCCUGGUCGCACCACAGCGAGGCGUCCGGGAUGGGCGGCGCCCCGGCCAUGGCUCCAGGCACGAGCCUCAUCGCCUCGCUGGUGAGGGAGGAAGGGCACAUCUACUCGCUCGCCGCCAAGACCGACACGCUGUACACCGGCUCGGACAGCAAGAACAUCCGCGUGUGGCGCAAGCAGAAGGACUCCGGCGGGUUCAAGUCGUCGAGCGGCCUCGUGAAGGCCAUCGUCAUCUCCGGCGAGCGCAUCUUCACCGGCCACCAGGACGGAAAGAUCCGGGUGUGGAAGGUGUCGCCCAAGAACGGCCUGCACAAGCGCGUCGGCAGCCUGCCGCGUCUGCGCGACUUCCUCCGCGGCUCGCUCAACCCCUCCAACUACGUCGAGGUCCGCAAGAACCGGACGGCGCUGUGGAUCCGGCACAGCGAUGCCGUGUCUUGCCUGAGCCCGACGGACGGGACGCAGGGCUUGCUCUACUCCGGCUCAUGGGACCGUACCUUCAAGGUGUGGCGGAUCGGCGACUCCAAGUGCCUCGAGUCCGUGGUGGCGCACGACGACAACGUGAACGCCAUCGUGGCGGCGUUCGACGGGCUGGUGUUCACCGGCUCGGCGGACGGCACGGUGAAGGUGUGGCGGCGGGAGCUGCAGGGGAAGGGGACCAAGCACGUGGCGGUGCAGACGCUGCUGAAGCAGGAGCACGCGGUGAACGCGCUGGCCGUGAGCGCCGUCGCGCCGGUGCUCUACUGCGGCUCCUCCGACGGGCUCGUCAACUUCUGGGAGGGCGAGCGCCACCUCGUCCACGGCGGCGUGCUGCGCGGCCACAAGAAGGCCGUGUUCUGCCUCGCCGCCGCGGGCGCUCUCGUGCUCAGCGGCUCCGCCGACAACACCAUCUUCGUGUGGCGGCGCGACGGCGGCGUCCACUCCUGCCUCUCCGUGCUCACCGGCCACACCGAGCCGAUCAGGUGCCUCGCCAUCGUGGAGGACAACAAGGACAACGCCGCCGUGCCCAUCGACGCCGUGGACAACAGCUUCGCGUCGGGCUCCUCCACCCGGUGGAUCGUGUACAGCGGAAGCCUCGACAAGUCCAUCAAGGUGUGGCGCGUGUCCGAGGACGCGCCGGACGCCCUGCUCCAUGGCCCCGGCGCCGGCGACGCGCCGCAGAUGUUCGACCGGUACCCCGGCGACCCAUUCGGCGCCAGCAGCUCGUCGUUCCGCUAGAACACGCGUUCAAUCAAUCGAAGCACCUUUCUGAACUUCUGAUCAGUUGCAAGAAGAAAAAUUUUCAUCACCUUACAAUGGACAGAUCAACGUUAUGAACUUUGGAUGGUUUAACCAAGGGAAUUGCUGGGUUUUGUUUGCUAUACGUCCUAUAUAUACUGUGCUGAAGACGAGUGAGAAGCGAAUGGCAUGAGCAUCUGAAGCUGCAGGUGAUAGAACUGUGAAAUGAAGAACCUCUAGGUAAGUUUUCUUUCAGAAAGUGACCCAAAGGGGAAAUUUUUGGUACAUGCUCACAUAUCUGAUGUGUAAUAGUCAGAAUUGACUUGUUUUAUCUCAAGGGUCGAUUUGAAUCAAUAAAAGGGACAAAUUCUAUACCCGCCAUUUCAUAUUAUAGAUCAUUUUGGAUGUGUCCAUCAUUGAAUAUACUUUUAUAGUUCGCUU